AAGACAAGAAAAAACAUGCACGCUUUAGUGAAUGUAUUUCUUCGCUGUCUAUCUUUCCUCUUUCCUCCCCCCUGGCUUCAGCUUGGGUUUUGCUGUUGGGUUGGGGAUGAGUGCGGAGAGAUGCCAUGGCCCAAUCCCGGAGCUCGUUUCAAAAGCAGAAAGCCUCUUACAUAUCAGGAAGUAACAACACAAGACGGCUCCAUCCCCUCGGUCUCCCCAGCUCCUGAUUGCGUCUCGCUAGCUGCUGCAAGCCCCACGACACCUCGGGGUUCUCCGUGGGGUAGAAUUUGGGAGCUUUGGCAAGCUGUGGAGCGCAUCAUCGGGGCUCCCUUGACCAUCCACCAUCGCUGGUGCCAAAAACGUCGAGGUUUAUGUACGGCAUAUUCUGUCGCUUUUAAUUCAAGCACCAAGAAUCAAACAUUCCAGGAAAGCUCUACAGUAGCUGAGGAAGCGAACGGUUCGGACGGAAACGCGUUCUCUACGGGUAAAAUGAGUGCGACCAUGGAGUUUCCGAACCCAAUUCAAUCUAUAUCAGAUUCGUCGGGCGGACAAGAGAUGGAUGAGGUGAUUACGGUGGAUCAACACCUGCAGGAAAUGGGGACUCAAGUCACAAUCACAGUGGCUAUUCAAGCAGCUGAGGACGAAGAACCAGAGGAGGAGGUGUCCUCCAACCAUUUAGAUUUCCUUGGUGGCAGCUGUAGUGAAGACGAAAUUGGAAGACACGAUAAAUCCAGUGGUGCUGGCACAAGUGGCGGGGAGCUAGAAGAGGAGAGCUGGCAGCCUCCAGACCCAGAGCUUACCCAGAAACUGGUGGCACAGAUUGAGUACUACUUGUCUGACGAAAACCUGGAGCAUGACGCCUUCCUGCUCAAGCAUGUCCGACGUAACAAGCUAGGUUUUGUCAGCGUCAAGUUGCUCACCUCUUUCAAGAAGGUCAAGCACUUGACAAGAGACUGGAGAACAACUGCUUAUGCACUGAGGCACUCCACCCUGCUCGAGCUGAACGAUGAGGGUCGUAAAGUGCGGCGCAGAUUGUCUGUCCCUGUAUUUGCCAGUGAGUCUUUGCCGAGUCGCAUGCUGCUGCUCAGCGAGCUACAGAGUUGGCCAGAGCUGGCUGUGCUGGAAGGUGGGGCCGGAGACUGCAGCGAGGGAGGAGCCACCCAACAGGAACAACUGAUGAAGCUGUUGCUGAAGGCGUUUGGAGUGUACGGUGCCAUUGCCUCCGUGAGGGUUCUGAAGCCUGGCAAAGAUCUGCCGGCUGACCUGAAGAAGCUGAGCGGGCGCUACAUGCAGCUGGGCACGGAGGAGUGUGCCAUUGUGGAGUUUGAGGAAGUGGAGGCAGCAGUGAAAGCCAAUGAAGUGGUAGGCAGUGAGGAGGGGGUGGGCUCUCUCGGUCUGAAGGUGGUUUUGAUUGGCACUAAGCCGCCUAAGAAGAAGGUGCCCAAAGACCGGCAGCGCGAGGAGGGCGGAAUGCGUAAGAGCCGCUCGCUCAACAGCCGAGUACGAGAGCUGCAGUACCACGGAGAUGACUCUGCCUGUAGCUCGUCAGAAACUGAGAGCAACCCCACGUCCCCAAGACUGGCACGCAAGUCUCGCUCCUACAACAAGCUGAGCCCCACUAGCGGCAUCAUCGGCCCCUUCCAAAACAAUCACCUGAGCCCGGCCGUGUCCCCGCGAACCAGUCCCUGGUCCAGUCCUCGUGCCAGCCCCUGUUCUCAACGCAAAUCCCACAAAUCUCCUCUGGCCAGUGAAGGCAGACUGAGCCCCGAGCCUGGGCGGCGUUGGGCAGACUACUCCUCAGACAGCAGCCUGACUCCCUCGGGUAGUCCCUGGGUACAGAGGCGUAGGCAGGUGGCCUCCCAGGAGAGCAGCCCUGUGGGGAGCCCCAUGUUGGGCCGCAAGAUCCAGAAUGCAGAUGGGCUGCCGCCAGGCGUCAUGAGGUUACCGCGGGGGCCAGACGGAACGCGUGGCUUCCACUGUGUCACGACUGGUGAAAGAGGCAAGACUGCAGCUACCCAAACUGGAUGAAGAGGGGUCCCUCACCCCCCGUACGCCACCCUGCAUUCUCACAGCAGUAUGGAGAUGAGAUUUGACCCAGUAUUUGGCCACCACAUGCUUCACGCACCAACAUAUGAAUGACUGACUUUCUUCUUUAGUUUUUUUUGUAAUUGAUGCUUUGUAAUUUUCUAGAUUUGUUAGGUUUCAUGGACAUCUAGUUUGACCAUUUGAAGGUUCAUUUUGAGUUAAUAUGUGAAUUAAUAUUUCUUUAAAGGGAAAUAUGCCAGGUAUUGUACUCAUCUCCAUCUGCUAUCUAGAGACAUUUUACAUUGGAUGGGUGGAUGUGGACUUGAGUAUCAUUUAAUUUGAUUGGAAAGUGUCUUCUGUCUUGGAAGUGUGUGUGUGUAAAAUCAUCACAUUUUGUCUCUGAAUGGUGUAAAUGUAUAAAUGGUGUGAUCAGUGAAAUGGGCACAUGGAGUUGAUAUUAAGAUAUCCCCAUAUGCCUUAUGCUAUAUUGUCUGUUGUAAUUAUGUUACAUGCUCUUGAAACUGUGGCCAUAAUCUCCCCUGCCAUAAGGUUGAAACAAUCAUACAUGGAAAAGGAUUUAAUUUUUGAAUUUUUGCCUUUGUUUUAAAUUAUUCAUUCCUUCUCAAUGCCUUGGCAGUACAUUAACCUAAGCUUCCAAAGUGAAUGGGGAUUCUCUCCCAACUCCUGCAAAAGAUGAUCUCCAAUUUGGUGGGUCACUCUUCCUUGGCUGGUAUCUGUUCCUAUCAGUGUAGUGCGCUGGUAGCUGGGUCUGAGGGGUGCACUGAUCAGGUAGGAGUGUGUUGAUGCUUGACACCUCCUGGCUUCUUUACAUUUGAGCUGGACCAUGUACAGUGCAUUUCUUAUUGUACAAAUAAAUCACUAAAAUUGC